AUGCAGAUGCACCUCGCUACGCGAGACCUCGGCGUCGCCUUCCGCAGCGGUGAGGCCAUCAACCCGAUCGGCGUCGGCCCGCGAUACAUCGCCUUCCGCACCGAUGACAUCGACGCCUUCAAGCGCCACCUCGACGCGCACGGCGUCCAGUACGCCGACUAUGGCUCGCGACUGGCACCAGAUCUUUUUUCUCGAUCCGCCGGCGAGGGCGUGGUCAUAGAGGUCCACGCCGUGCUCAGAGAAGGAGCUCGCAGACCGUUGUGCCUCACGAUGUCAUCGAGCGGAGCGAGUGCGAUCGCGGCGGCCAAGCAGCGGCACCAGGAGCAGCUGCGAGCUGACACGAGCGCGCUCGUCGAUGCGGCGAGGGGGCAGAGGCAGAUGCCUGAGCUGCCGCCGUACGUGCCAGAAUUUGACCUCGCGUUCAUGUCUCAGAUGCUGGGCGGUGGAGCCGUCCGGUCGGAGCCAGAAGACCCAGCCACUGGCGACGACGAGACGAUGAUGCAGGAGGCCUGA